AUGAAUGGUAUCUCCGCACCUGGAGAGCCUCAGGUGGUGCGCAACGGCCUACAAUCGCCUCCUAUCAACACCUCGAAAGACAUGGCAAGCCGCCUCGCAUCCAAACCCCACGAUGCCCAACCCAACUAUGAUGUUAUGUCAACUGGAUCGAAUAUGGUAUUAGGAGCAUACAGCCCGUCCUCACAAGGUACUAUCCAAGACUGCAUCACUGUGGCUCCCCGUCAUCCUAAGGCGCAUAUGGCGCGAGGGAGCUCAUCCGCUGCUCUUCGGCGAGGUGAGGACGGUCCGAAAUACGAUCUCACAACACUUGCGAAUCCUAUCCGACCAACUAGUGGACCUCGUGUCCCGAUGUUUAAUCUGGAACAGGUUUAUGACAUCUUCAAUGACACCCGUUGGGGAAAUCAACAAAGCGACGCAGUGGGGGAACAGAAUCCCACCGAGCGUCGCCAAAACAACAAAACUGCUCAGUCUAGAGCCUCGAAACAAACAAAGAGAAACCCCCUUGGACCUCGAGCUGGCUCGGGAGUCUCCAAGACACCCCGUCUGCACAAGCAGCCUGGCACGCAACUCAAGCGAUCUAAGAAUCCUCGGGGGAAGAACCCAAUCGAUGUCGUUGCUAGAGGAGCCUCCUCAACCCCCAGCAGCCCAAGCGACCCGGCCCCUUACUACGAAGUUGCUCGCGCUCCCAAUCUCAGCAGACCUAUUCCCGACUUUGACCCAGCUUUGAUUUCUACUUGUCCUAAGCCGCUAUCGCCUUCAGAGAUGUUAGAUGGAGAAAAAUUCUUCCUCUAUCAGAUGGCCACGGCUCGUCAUCUGGCCUUCAACGGAGUUUCGGGCCCAUACCAGAUUGGCCACUGCUUGUGCGACGUCCAUAAGGCAACCGGGAAUCUAGUUAAGUUUGCACGUGCCUGCACCGCUCCAAAUGGCGAAAGAUAUUGGCGCCAUCUCAUGACAAAUGCGUCUAUAAAGGCUCAAGAUGGGUCCAGAAUGGCAGGCAAGCCAGUUGCACUCUCAAAUGGAGCCCUGGUUUGGAUGGCAGACGAGGAGGGCAAGAUUAUAGCUCCCGAAUGGACAUUCAACGAGCCCCAAUUCUUGCCUGGAUCCUCGGACGACCAAGAAAUGGGACAGUACCCGAAGCAAGCUCAGCAGGGGACCAACCCAAUCCAUCCUGGACUCAAGACUACUAGCAAAGAUCCUUUUUGGUGGUGAACGACACAAUAUCGUUACCAAGUUGCAUGGACGGAGCGAAGAGCGUCCCAAGAGAAUGUUCGUGCACAUGCCUGGAAAUGGACACAUUCAAGCUUGGCCUUGUGCUCGAGUCUCUUCAGUCUUUCUGUUCAUAAGACAAAUCUCAUACGGAGUAGGAGUAAAGAACUGUGUUUGGAUUGUUUUGACCCGGAGGGUCUUGGUUUAUACGUUGAUGCAUGGUCGAAACUCGUUGUUAGUUGAUCUCUGGAAAUGGACUUACUCGAUUUUGAGUUUUGAUGAAAUUCUACCAGGUCAUGUUAAGUAGCAAUUCCUAGAAUUGGAAGCAGGAAUGUGUUUCUAUCAUUACUAGUUA